AUGGGAACAAAUCGGGCUAACAGAUACAGCAUCGUUUCAGCAGACGAGGAGGGCUUGAAGAUCUCCAGGCUGGGGCUCCACAACGGCCACGGCUCCCCCAGCCGGCAGCUGCGUUCCUCGGCCUCGACCGAGGAGGGCCGGGGCUCCUCUCCAUCCUGCUCCAGGGCUCCCGGGAUGAACAGCUACAACGGCAAGGUGUCGACCACGGGCUCCAGCCAACUGCGGAGCCGCUUCGUGAAGAAGAAUGGCCACUGCAACGUGGUGUUCUCCAACAUGGAGGACAAAGGCCAGCGCUACCUGAGUGACAUCUUCACCACCUGCGUAGAUACCCGCUGGAGGUACCUGCUCCUCCUCUUCUGCUCCACCUUCCUGGUCUCCUGGCUCUUCUUCGGGAUCAUCUUCUACAGCGUGUCCUUGGUCCAUGGGGACUUCGACGAGCACCCAGGGAGACCCUGGCAGCCCUGCCUCCUCCACGUCCAGGGGUUUGUGGGAGCUUUUCUGUUCUCCAUCGAGACCCAGACCACCAUCGGCUACGGGUGGCGCUGCGUGACCGAGGAGUGCCCCGUCGCCGUGGUGACAGUAGUGGUCCAGUCCAUUGUGGGGUGUAUCAUUGACUCUUUCAUGAUCGGAACCAUCAUGGCCAAGAUGGCGCGGCCCAAGAAGAGGAACCAGACGUUGAUGUUCUCUAAGAACGCCGUGAUCGCCAUGCGGGACGGGAAGCUGUGCCUGAUGUGGCGUGUUGGGAACCUCCGCAAGAGCCACAUUGUGGAGGCUCACGUCCGCGCCCAGCUCAUCCGGCCCUACACCACGGCCGAGGGGGAGUUCAUCCCCCUGGAGCAGAUGGACCUGAACGUGGGCUACGACGAGGGCAUAGACCGCCUCUUCCUGGUGUCACCGCUGGUCAUCGUCCACGAGAUCGAUGAGGACAGCCCCCUGUACACCCUGAGCCGGGCGGAGCUGGAGACAGACAACUUUGAGGUGGUGGUGAUCCUGGAGGGCAUGGUGGAGGCCACGGCCAUGACCACCCAGACACGCAGCUCCUACCUGACCAGGGAGAUCCUCUGGGGCCACAGGUUCGAGCCGGUCAUCUUCGAGGACCGCGACCGCUACCAAGUGGACUACGCCCGUUUCCACAAGACCUACGAGGUCUCGUCCACGCCGCACUGUAGCGCCAAGGAGCUGGACGAGGCCGCCGGCCGCCGUCCCCCCACCGCCUCGCCCUCCGUUUCUAGAACGAUCCAGAGCUCCUGCCCCCGAUCGCCCAGCGCCUUCUGCUACGAGAACGAGGUGGAGCUGAGCGCAGGAGAGGAUGACGAGGACGAGCUGUUUGAGCCGGCGGGGGAGAGGCAGAAGGAGGACGAGAGGAGGAGUUCGGUCACGGUGGAUUUCAAAAGGAUGUUCCAGGACACGCCCACUGUGACGUCCGGCAGCAACAUGCUGUGUGUUCUGGACAUGGACAAUCAGAUAGAGUUUGACAUGUUACAGACUACCCUCCCUCUCGACCCACUCACUUACAAGAGUGAGUCUGAGAUCUGA